AUGGGGCAGCUCCGCACUACGUCAGCCGCGGGCCUGGACGGGGUUACUAAUAAAAUGCUGAGGAACCUAGAUUUCAAAUCGGUGGGGGCGCUCACGGACUUGAUGAACAAGUAUUGGGUGGCAGGGGAGAUCCCAGCACAAUGGAAGCAUUCUACGAUUAUAUUUAUUCCUAAGCCAGGCAAGAAGCUCUGCGUGGAGAACCUGCGCCCGAUCUCACUGACAUCAUGCGUGGGCAAAUUGAUGGAGCACGUGGUUUUAAACAGGUUUCAGGGUUAUGCGGAGGACAAGGCAAUCUUUCCCGCAACUAUGAUUGGUUUCAGGGCCAAUUUGUCCAUGCAGGACGUCAUGUUACAGCUGAAAGAUGACGUAGUAGAUCCCGGGAACGGCACGGGCACCAAAGCUAUAUUGGGGCUCGACCUGAAUAAGGCUUUUGACAAUGUUUCCCAUGAGGCAAUAUUAAAGAACCUAUCGGACGUUAACCCAGGGGCCAGAAUCUUCCGCUACAUCAGAUCAUUCUUGGAGAGCAGGACUGCGGAGAUUGCAGUUGGAGAAAUCAAAUCGGAUUCUUUCCCGAUGGGGGGCAAGGGGACGCCACAGGGUUCAGUUUUGUCGCCGUUCCUGUUUAACCUCGCUUUGAUUAAGAUACCGCCGAGGCUGGAAGAUAUACCGGGACUGAAGCACACAUUUUAUGCGGAUGAUAUUACUAUAUGGGUGACCAGGGGUAGGGAUGCGCAGUUGGAGGAAACGCUACAACAGGCAGUCAAUAGUGUAGAAGAGCUCGCAGGAGAUGUGGGACUCUCAUGCUCUCAGCCCAAGUCCGAGCUCUUUGUGGUUCAGGAAAAACCACGAGGUCCACAUGCGAGGCACUAUAUUCCGCCACCACCGCUGGAGGUAAAAGUGGGGGGUAUGCCGGUCGCCGAAGCCCAAGCGAUCAGAAUCCUGGGCCUAUAUUUACAGACUAACAGGAAGAAUACGGUGGCCCUUGAAAAGCUUAAGAACACGGUCAACGUUACCGUAAGGCUAAUCAGGCGAAUCGCUAACCGUAAGAGCGGGAUAAAAGAAAAGAAUCUCUGUAAGCUGGUACAGGCGUUUGUGCUCUGCAGGAUUACUUAUGCGACACCUUACAUGAAAUUGGAUACCACAGAAAAAGGCAAGGUCGAGGCUAUGAUUAGGCAGGCUUACAAGACAGCCCUUGGGCUUCCUAAGAAUGCGUCAACAGACAGGCUACUAAGAUUAGGGGUGCACAACCCCCUGGAAGAACUACGGGAGGCGCACCUGGUGAUGCAGCACGCUAGGCUUUCGACAACGGAAACUGGCAGGGAUAUAUUGGAAAGGAUUGGCGUUGGCGCCGAGGCUCCCGCUGGUGACACUAAAACUCAGGUGCGGCGAGAAUUACACAAGGCCUUGUACAUAAAGCCUUUGCCCAAGAACAUGCAUCCGAUCCACCAUGAGGGAAGCAGGCAGGCAAGAGCCAGAAAUUUACAUGUUCAAUAUGGGGAGUACACAUUGGCAGUCUAUACAGACGUCGCGGAAAUUAAGGACAAGGACGCAUUUGCGAUUAUGGUGGUGGACAGGCGGGGACGCUUGGUCGCCUCUGGAUCAGUCAAAACCCGCUCCUCAGAAACUGCUGAGGAAGCGGCAAUAGCGCUAGCUAUCACUAAUUCUCAGUCUAACCUGAUUCUCAGUGAUUCGAAAACAGCCAUUCGAAAUCUGGCGCGGGGCAGAAUAUCGGUCACCGCCGCACGACUGCUGCACCGAGCCGCGGGGCGAGAAAUUCGGGAAAUAGAAAUUGUCUGGGUAUCAGCGCACUCUGGAAACCCUGGGAACGAGGCGGCUCACCUGAAUGCUCGAGGUUUCGUCAGCCGGGCAGAUUUGUUGCUGGGAAACACGCUUCACGAGGCGGACCGCGUGUUGGGUGUCGGCCUUGGCGCUCAGAACAUGUUUGACUCUGGAGUGAUCGACAUAAUCAAGUUUCUGGCUCAACAGAAGGGCAGUCGGGUAGAGAAGGCCAUCCAAUACUUACGGACCAUCAUAAACCUCGACGAUGAGGCCACCUCCCGUUCCGAGGAAUUAGAGAAACUGAAGAAGUUGUCCGCUCGUGGUGGGUUUUAA